AGGAGAGCUGUUCCUGGCUCGAUGGGCCCAUGAUGCCUCAGGCCAUCAGGGGAGGGAUGCCACCUAUAAGUGGGCACGAGACCGAGGGGUGGAUCUUACCAUGGACAGCAUUACUCAAGUUAUUCAUGAUUGUGACACUUGCGCUGCCAUCAAGCAGGCCAAGCGGGUGAAGCCCCUCUGGUAUGGAGGACAGUGGUCCAAGUACAGGUAUGGGGAGGUUUGGCAGAUUGAUUACAUCGCACUGCCUCAGACCCGCCAGGGCAAACGUUAUGUGCUGACCAUGGUGGAAGCCACCACCGGAUGGUUGGAGACUUACCCUGUAUCUCACGCCACUGCCCGCAACACCAUCCUGGGCCUGGAAAAACAGGUCCUUUGGAGGCAUGGUACUCCUGAGAGGAUCGAGUCAGACAAUGGGACUCAUUUUAAGAAUAACCUUGUCAACACCUGGGCUAGGGAACACGGUAUUGAGUGGGUGUACCACAUCCCUUACCAUGCACCAGCUGCAGCAAUGUGGCACAAAUUCCAGUGAUGGGAAGAGGCUGGAAGAAGCUGGAUUUCAGACAGGAGGCCAUGGAUUAUGCACCAGUGAAGGAGCUGCUGAACAUGAAAGGCAUCAGUGAAAAGUGAAACCAAAGCUGACAAAAUCCCAGUAAGGAUGUUCUGGAACUUUAACCCCAGAUAUUCCACUGGUUUAUCUCUGCUGGCUGAAAAUGUUGUGGUGAAUUUGGAAGGUCUCCAAAGGGCAGUAAAGGUGAUUGGAGUUGUGACAUGACUUGUGAUGGGAAAAAUGCACCAGGACAAGACUGAACUGAAGAGAAGGAUAUUUCUAUAGAACACACGAAAGGGAUGUUGGAGAUUUUUAUUGGAACAGAAUUUCAGUUCUGUGCAGAGGUAUCAACUCAUGCAAGGUCUGUGAAAUAUGCAUGGAAUAAUACAGGCACCUCUCCACGAGGCAGGAAAUAUUAAUUACUGGGGGUUAAUGAAUGGCGUGAGCUCUCCUGACACUGCUCAGUUGAGUUUUCCCUCAGGCUGAGGCAGCCAAACUGUUCCCAUGGGCUUCACCACGGCCACAGAAUUCCACCAGCAAUGGUCAGAGCUCAUCCAGAUCACCACUGGCUCCAAAGAGCUGGACAAGCUGCUUCAAGGUCAGCAUUUUAUUAUUUCUUUUUCCUGCUUAAGCUCAG